GAGACCAUACGCCUUUACAUGCCGUCCGACAUCCAAGAGGACCUCCGUAGCACGUACUGCGACACCUUGCUCGCCCAAAUGGAAGCCGACCUGCGGUACGCGUGCGCUACCGAAGGUUUACAAGACCUACGCCGCCAAUUACACUUACGCGUCUAUAUGGUUAAGCUGAAGAUUCACAACGUCACUGGACAGAAAGGGAACACGAGGGCCCGAGGAUUGCAGGAGACGAUUGAGGUGAAGGUUUCGGAUGCGGCGGCAAGGUACAGGACAGCCCGAAAGGCAUUCAUCGCGUUGAAGGGCAACGAUGGGCCAUGGAAGCACAAGAUGCGGGAGUUGAAGGCUGGCGAUGUGGUAGGAUUGGGUGAGAGUGCUCAGCGGGAGCUGUUGAGGCGUGAGGACGAGGCGAUACGGAUGCGCGCCCAGGCCAACAGGUCAUCUUCAACAAAUGAGGCUAUA